GCAGGAGGAGAGCAGAGACAAGGCGAGAGCGAAGUGGCGUCGGGGGGGAAGCGGCGGCUCAUUUAGAUAGACAGGAAGGAGCGGGGAAAUAAAACCUAAUGUGUGCCACUCAGCUGCGGACUAGACAGACAGAACCUGAGAAUAAAGAAAUAAAUAAACAAAACAAAGGUUGGUUUGAAUUUAUAGCUGCCGGGCUGUCGAGUGGAAACAAAGACAGACGGAGAGAGGACCGCACGCUGAGAGGAGCCUCAACAAGUUGUGUGUGACUCCCCACACGUGAGGAUAAGAAGAAAACAGAAUCAGCUUUCCUUCCUUUCCCCUCCUCGUUCUCUCCAUCUCCUCAUCCUCCUCUGAAGGGUUGAAGCCAUGCCCAUCGUUUCUGCAAAUACAGGGCUGCAUGAGACUCUGGCCAUCCUCACAUCUCAGCUCCACCCUGAUGCCAACCACAAGGAGGACCUGGUCUUCCUCAGAGACGUCUUCAGUGAGAAAGGCAUCGGUUACCUCAUGAAGAUCCAUGAGCGGUUAAAGCUGUAUGAGAAGUACAGCCCCACUCCGGUCCUACACAGCGCCUCCUGUCUGGCAGAGGAUCUGGCAGAAGAGCUUCAGAGUGGGCCGCUGCAGGAUGACGAGCAAGAGCUGCUCCUUUUGCUGAACACACCUCACCUGAAGGCGGUGCUGUCAGCUCACGACAUUGUUGCCCAGAAGAAAUUUGACCCGGUUCUUCCCCCGUUGCCAGAAGAUUUGGACGAUGACUUUGAGGAAGAGUCGGUGAAGAUCGUCCGUCUGGUUAAGAACAAAGAGCCUCUGGGAGCAACCAUUCGGAGAGACGAGGCCACUGGAGCUGUAAUCGUGGCCAGAAUCAUGCGGGGAGGGGCGGCUGACCGCAGCGGUCUGGUCCAUGUAGGAGAUGAACUGCGAGAGGUGAACGGAAACCUGAUCACUCACAAAAGGCCUGAUGAGAUCAGCCAGAUCCUGUCUCAGUCUCAGGGCUCCAUCACUCUGAAAAUCAUCCCAGCUGUUGCUGAAGAAGAUCGACUGAAGGAGAGCAGAGUCUACCUGCGCGCUCUGUUUGACUACACACCGUUUGAGGACAAGGCAACGCCGUGUCAAGAGGCGGGACUUCCUUUCAAGAGAGGGGAUGUCCUGCAGGUCGUCAGCCAGGAGGACGCCACCUGGUGGCAAGCCAAGAAAGUGGGCGACUGCAACCUGCGUGCUGCCCUCAUCCCCUCCAUUCAGUUUCAGGAGAGGCGUCUGAGAUACAGAAUGAAGAUGAAUUCCCUUCCUGCUCCUCUGUCGCCCAAAGCUCCAACAUAUGAUCGGACAGAGAAAGAAGACUGUGACAGUAAAAGUGCUCUGAAUGGAAAGGAUGUAGUUUCUCCCAAGAGUAAGGCAGCUCCUGCCUUCUGUGGCCAUGCUUUCUCAUGGGAAUUUUACUCAGCCAGUUUACGCCGAAGUUUCAGGCUGAAAAAAGAUCGACAGGGUUCACCGGCAGAGACCCAAACGCCAGACGGCCAUCGGACGGACUUCCGGAUCUAUGAGGAAGUUACGCAAUAUUUGCCACGCCCUGGAGAAAAGCCCCGCCUUAUUGUACUGAUAGGUUCGCUAGGAGCUCGGGUCACGGAGCUAAAACAGAAGGUGAUAGCAGAUAAUCCUCGAUGGUUUGGUCUGGCUGUUCCUCACACGACCCGAGCCAGAAAGACUCACGAGAGAGAAGGAGUGGAGUAUCACUUCAUCAGCAGGGCAGCUUUUGAGGUCGACAUCCAGAAUGGGAAGUUUAUUGAAUAUGGGGAGUAUAAAGAGAAUCUGUACGGCACCAGCUUGGAGUCCAUUCAUAAAGUUCUGACUCAGAACAAAGUCUGUUUAGUGGAUGUGCAGCCAGAGGCCCUGAAGACUCUGCGAACGGCCGAGUUCAAACCAUACAUCAUCUUCGUGACGCCUCGCUUCCCCGACAGUCAAAGAAAACACUUCGGCUCCUCUUCCUCUCUUAGCGGCGGGAUCACGGAGGAGGACCUCCAGGAAAUGAAGCAGUCUGCAGAGAAGAUGGACGAGUGCUACGGCCAUUGGGUGGAUUACGUGUUGGUGAAGGAGGACCCAGUGAGUGCCUUAGUGGAGCUCCAGGUGGCGCUGGAGAGGGUGCAGACAGAGCCGCAGUGGGUUCCUGUGUGCUGGGUGAGGCGUUAGCCUAAUCAACUUCCUGACAAACGGAGACCACUGUGCAAGGACCCACCGCUGUGGGGGGUCAAAUGUUUACUGCCAUGCAACCAUCCCACACUUAGAGAAGGACCGCCAUGAAAAACAGAAAAAUGUUUCUGAUAGUUGAUACAGUCACAGGAAAAAUAAGUACACCCUGUUUUGGCAGACUCUUAAAGGGCCAGCAGACGUUUUCCACCGUUUUAUAGCACCGUCAAGUAACUAUGUUAACUUCUGAUAUAAAAAUGCUGUAUGACUUUGUCAUUUAAUGAAGUAAAAUUAUUAAAACUCCUGCUCUUUCUAAAACUCCACCUUCAGGAAAUCAUCACAACAUGGCUCCUCUAUUAACCCUUUAACAGUUUUACCAGCACUGCAUUUAGCAGUAGCUCAUAUAAUAAGCUCAGCAGUUCCACCUGAGGUGUUUGCUAAUUGCUGCUGGCUAGUCUGAAGGAGCUGAAUGAGCUGCUCUGUGAAGCAGAAGCUUGAGAGCCUCAGCUCUGAGGAGGAGCUGCGUCUUGAAGGCGGGGCUAGGUCCAUCU